AUGGUACAAGCUACAGUGUUUGGAUUGCUCGGGCUGGCAGUGUCUGCCUUGGGCACCUAUGCGCCUUACUACGCAAACUUGACCUGGGAACCCGCGCGGACUCUCUCCAACUGGUCCAACCUCACCGUGGAGACGCGGACAGGAACGUUCAUUGGCAUGCUCAAUGACACCUAUCCGGACGUCCGUCAGUUCCUCAGAGUUCCAUAUGCCAAGCCUCCUGUUGGCGAUCUUAGAUGGCUUCCUCCUCAGAGGCUGGACAAUUCAAGCAGGAAAUACGACUCUACCUUCUAUGGGCCAGCCUGCCCGCAGUACGUGCCUUCGACGAGUUCCUUCUGGAAUGAAUAUGAACCGGAAAACCUGCUGCUCAGCAUCGGGGAAACUCUCAACCAGGGGUCAACCGCGUGGUCGACGUCGGAGGAUUGUCUGUCGCUGGCAGUAUGGACCCCUUCUUACGCCAACGCAACAUCGAAGCUACCAGUCGCUUUGUUUGUCACCGGUGGUGGUGGCAUUACUGGGGGUAUUGAAAUACCUUCCCAACUGCCAUCGGCUUGGGUGUCGCGGUCCCAGGAGCAUAUUGUUGUUACUAUCAACUACCGUGUCAACAUUUUCGGAAAUCCCAAGUCCCGGGCUUUGAAUGAUACCUCUCUCACCCUGAUGGAUGUAAGAGCUGCAGUGGAAUGGGUUCAUGAGAACAUUGAAGCGUUUGGAGGUGACACAGACAACAUCAUGCUAUGGGGGCAAUCACAAGGCGCACUUUUGACCCAUCUGUACACCCUCGCAUGGCCGGAGGAGCCUCUUGCAGCCAAGUUCGGCGUGAUCUCGCAAGGAGCUUCCGCGACGAUUAAUCCGUCGACCACGACUGAUGUGUACGAAGACUUUGACAUUGUGGCCAAAGGACUGGGUUGUAAUUACGGCGAUGAUGCCGAGGCCGAGCUGGAGUGCAUGCGGGGGAUCUCGUGGGUCCAGAUUGAGGAGUACAUCAACCGCUACAACAACUCUCCUUCAAUUGCUUUCACCAAUUAUAUCCCCGAUGAGCGAUACAUUUUCUCUGACGAAAGCCAACGCUAUCUUGAGCGCAAAGUUGCCCGGGGUCCAUCGAUUCGGUCCGAUGCAGCACGGGAAUUUCCCAGCGAGAAUACCACAUCAGUUGAUGUCGACGAAGGUGUAGCAGACUGCUUGGCAGUGACCGAUUCCGCACUGCGCGCAUCGAUUGGAUUGGAGACGUAUCGCUACUACUGGGCAGGCAAUUUCUCGAAUAUCAGCCCAGUGCCAUGGCUAGGUGCAUUUCACUGGACCGACCUGUUGAUGAUCUUUGGCACGUAUAUCCUGGAUGUGGGUGAGAUUUCGCAGCUGGAAGUGGACACAUCCGCUACGAUGCAAGAUUUUCUCCUCGCCUUCCUGAAAAGCUCGUCGAGUGUCAGUGAGACGGUUGGUUGGCCAGCGUACUAUGGGAACCAGUCGAACGGGGGGUUGAUCUUGGAAUUUGGCAAUGGAACAACGGUGCAGAACAUUACCGGGGACUGGCUGGAUGCUGGAUGCUAUAACUCGUCGAUUCCAUUCCGGAUCUGGGGUUAACCAGAAGGCCUGCUCUACAGAUACCCUACGAAUUGAUAAGCAAUAUAAACACUCC